AUGAGAGAGUUUCCUCAAUUCAAAGUUCGACUAAAAAAUUUUGCAAAUGCUAUGGCUCCGUGUAUAUACGAUCCGGUCACUGAUAAACUCUGUCCCAUUUUUCGUAUUGGUCAGAUAAUCGAAACAAUUGAAAAAGAUGAGAAAGAACGUGAAUGGAUGUUAAAAUAUGGUAGUGUAAUUAAAAUUCAAGUUGAUUGGAACUGUAAUUUGGAUAUGAAUAUUGAAAAAUGUAAACCUUCCUACUCGUUUCGAAAAUUAUCAACAAACUAUCACGCCGACAAGUUUUCAAAUGGAUUUAAUUUCAGAUUUGUUUCACACUGGAAAGACGAACAAGGACAUCGUUGUCGAACAUUGACGAAAGCAUUUGGUCUUCGAUUUUUGAUUACUAUCGGUGGAGAAAGCGGUAAAUUUGAUUUAUUGACAUUGACAAUGAAUAUUGGAAGUAUUUUUGCUAUUUUUGGCGUUGCAGCAAUUGUUUGUAAUAUAUUCUCGUUGUAUCUUUGCCCAGAGGCUAAAGCAUUUCGUCAGCAUAUAUACGAGCGCGUUGAUGAUCGAACAUUUUAUACGAGAAGACAAGGAAUUGAUUAUGGUCGAAACUCAUCAAUUCAUAGUUAA